CCAAUAGCUAACUUGGCUUUAAAUAAGCUGAAUCAUUACGCAAACACUUAAUCUUUACUUCUUGAACAUUCUCUCCAUUAAUGCAGCGAAGUUUGGUCCGUCAAAAUGACAGCAGUAGCAGCAGGAGGACACUGUGGGUGUGGGCCUGGGUAUGCUACACCCCUGGAUGCCAUGAAGGGUCCAAAGGAGACAAUUGUCUACCUGCCAUGUAUCCUCACAAAUACUGGAGUGGACAAACCGGACUACCUUGCCACUGUUGAUGUUGAUCCCCGCUCGGCAACUUAUUCAAAGGUCAUUCAUCGUUUGCCAGUACCUUACAAAGGAGACGAAUUACAUCACAGUGGAUGGAAUGCUUGUAGUAGUUGUUUUGGUGACCCAAACAAGAAGAGAAACCGCCUCAUCAUGCCUUCGUUAAUUUCUGGUCGGGUCUACAUCUUUGAUGUGGGAGGUAAUCCAAGAGCGCCACAGAUACACAAGAUAAUCCAACCGGAAGAGGUUGCCAGUAAAACUGGACUUGGUUAUCUUCACACAACGCACUGUUUGGCUAACGGAGAGGUUAUGAUCAGUUCUCUUGGAACAUCUGAUGGCGAGGGUGAAGGUGGCUAUGUCAUUCUGGACGGCGAGACGUUUGACGUCAAAGGACGGUGGGAGUCUGGGACCCCUCCACCUCUGGGAUAUGACUUUUGGUACCAGCCCCAUCACAAUGUGAUGAUCAGUACGGAAUGGGGCGUGCCCAAGGCACUCACUAAGGGAUUUAAGGUGGAGGAUGUUCAGGCGGGCAAAUAUGGAUCACACUUGCACGUGUGGGACUGGACUUCACGGACCAUUCAACAGACGAUAGACCUGGGAAUGGGUACCAUUCCCCUGGAGAUAAGAUUCCUGCACGAUCCUCGACAGCCCCAGGGGUUUACGGGAUGCGCUUUGAGCAGUACCAUCGUCAGGUUUUUCAAAAAUCAGAAUGACACUUGGAGCGCUGAAACGGUGGUUAAAGUGCCAAACAAGAAAGUUCAGGGAUGGGCUCUAGCGGAAAUGCCAGGUUUGAUAACUGAUAUCCUUCUUUCGUUGGAUGACAAGUUCCUGUAUUUUAGCAAUUGGCUACAUGGAGACAUCAGACAGUAUGACAUCACAAAUCCUGAGCACCCAAAGCUUGUCGGGCAGCUGUUUAUUGGUGGAAGUAUUGUUAAAGACGGUCCAGUGAAGGUGAUAGAGGAUUCUGAAUUGAGUGGACAACCUGAGCCGUGUUACGUGAAUGGAAAACGAGUACAAGGAGGACCGCAGAUGAUUCAGUUGAGUUUGGAUGGAAAACGACUGUACGUUACUACAUCACUAUACAGUGUAUGGGACAAUCAGUUCUACCCUGACCUGGCCAAGAAAGGUUCCAUGUUACUGCAAGUAGACGUUGACACAGUGAAUGGUGGUCUUAAGUUGAAUCCUGAUUUCUGUGUGGAUUUUGGAGAAGAACCCUACGGUCCAGCUCUCGCUCAUGAAGUUCGUUAUCCGGGGGGAGACUGCUCCUCGGAUAUAUGGUUGAGUGAAACCAAAGCUGCAAAGUUGUAGGCUAAGAUUUUGCUAAAGGGAUCAUAAGUUGAUAACUUAUAUCCGAGUGUUACCGGAAGGCGUAAUAUAUUUCAAUGUUAAGACUUUUUUACUUACGAAAAAUAAGUUGUCAAGUGGAACUAAAUGAUGUUGACACCGAAUAAAUUAAUGCGAAGGGCAAAUCUAAACUGCAUUAUGACGUUGGAGUAUACAUUGAUUCCUCAAUAAAAGUGUACUAUUAAAUAAAUUGCUUUUUUUUACUCACCA